GUCCAUUCAAGAAUAUAUCAAUCGAUUCCACAUCUGUCGUGUACGGAGCCUGUGGGAUUGCAUUUUGUCCCCCUUAAGCUUUCCCUUCUCCCCAAAGCCUGAUUCAUCGUCGUUUGAGCAGAGACCUCAACGUCAUGGAUGACAAGUCCAAGCUGGCCGCGGUCGCCAUUCGAAGUGCUAGAGCCCUCAGUCCAGCACAGCCACCUUCAGGAACCCCAAUAAGCUCGACCUCGCCCAGCGCAAUCACGAAGAUAGCCCUGUGCUUCGUUGGCGCCUUGCUGCUGCUUGUAUUCCUCAUGGCUCUUGGCUACUACCUGCGGCACCCCGUAUCUCCAGUCGUGAGGACCGGAGACUGGCAAAACUUCCUGGGAAACGCGCCACCAAGUGCUUCGGCCGCAGGAAGGAGGGGCAGCAAUCGCUCGAAGUUGAACCACGUGGUGACCUUGGCGACUCUUGACAGCAAAGUUCCUGCAUUCAGAUACGGGGAACCAGGUUCAAAGGCUCGUGAAUUCGUCACUAAGCGCGAAACGGACGUGGAAGAAGCCAAAGUGUCCUGCUCCAUCUGCUUGGAGGUCUUUGACCACGACACAUUCGUCCGAAGAUUGAUGUGCGAGCACAUAUUCCACGCUUCGUGUGCUGAGAAUUGGCUUUGCUACCGCUCCAGUCGUUGUCCAGUGUGCAGAGCGGAUUGCUUCAGUGUUGACAAAGGCGACCUUGUCGGUAGUCGAAACCACGCUGAAGGCGUCGAGGAAAGUAUCGUUCUGCAAUCGUUAAGUCCGGUCCAUCUUCAGCCACCUGAUCAUACUAGUCAACAAGCAAGGGCACCUAGGGGAAAGUGAAUCGGAAGACGGGUGCACAGAGGAAACGAUGGCCAGAAGCAAGACUGAAAAGAUGCGACAUACUGGUUUCUUUCCAGGGACGGAAAGACAUACAGGUUGCAAUGAUCACGGAAGUGCGGCACAACUACGCAACACCCAACAGAACAACAAAAAAAGGCCCCGGAAUGACUCACAAAUGGUUGUGAAGGACUGUGAUGAACUUCCUAGGUUAUUGUUUGCCACUAUGGAAAAAAAAAAAAGAGCAGGCG